GCAACACAUUAUUAUAUUAGAUUCUGUCAAUUCAAAUAGAUUUUUAUGCAAAGUUAGAAUGCUUUUGUUGUGAUUCGGCUUUAGGGUUACACAAACCUUGUUCUGCUCUUUUUGGGAAAGUUUUUGGAAUCUUCUGGCAGAACUCUUGGGCUAUGGACACACCAGAGCUGUGAAUUUUUGGGUCACUUUAGUUUUUUAUAAUUUCCAUCAAUUUUCAUGCCAUAUCCUGGACUAGUAGAAAGGUAAGAACGUUUGCUGUGUUGCUUCCAGUGCUCUAUUUGCUGGUGCUGAGCAUUUUGGGUCACACAGAGCAGCCCAUGGAAUGAUGGCAGCUGUUUGCUUUGCAAGCAGGCCAUCCUCUCUUUAGUGAGAAGAUACACUAAAGAAGUUACUCCUGUCUCUCGUACCAGAUGAACCCUCUUUCAAUUUCUCCCAGCUGUAAUCUGAAGGAAGUGCAUUUAUUGGGUUAGGACUCCCAAGGGGCACAAGGGAAGAUGCUAGGGUCCUUUCAACAUAUAAGGAUGUUGGUUGACUGACACAACCAGUUAAACUAGUAAGAUCCCAUAAAAUGGUUACAGCUCGAGAAGUCUAAUGAUCAGAAAGGGCUCCGCGCUGCUUGGUGGAAGAGCUUCCCAACGAUGGGCUCAACUCUCAACAGCGUCGUGUCUUCUCUGCAGAGAAGUGGAACAUGGAUCAAUUCUUUAAUUGCUGCUUUGACUCUUGGCGGGCAGCAACUGUUCUCCUCUUCCACAUUCAGAUGUCCGUGUCAGGUUGGGAAAAAUUUCUACUAUGGUUCUGCUUUCCUAGUCAUUCCUGCCUUGAUCCUUCUGGUUGCUGGCUAUGCUCUGAGAAGCCAGAUGUGGACAAUUUCCAGUGACUACUGCUGCCACUGUGCCCCUCCACACCGGAGAAUCGGCCUCCCGGAGCGCAAGCUGGCUUGCCUCAGGUUCUUCAGCAUCACCGGCAGGGCACUCGUUGCUCCAUUGACGUGGCUGGUGGCCACCCUGAUGACAGGCACCUACUACGAAUGUGCAGCAAGUGAAUUUGUAACUGUGGACCAUUACCCAGUGUUUGACAACAUCAGUGCCAGCAAACGGGAGGAGAUCUUAGCUGGGUUUCCAUGCUGCAAAUCAGCUCCUUCUGACAUGAUCCUGGUAAGAGAUGAAGUAGCUCUUCUGCACAGAUACCAGUCACAAAUGCUGGGCUGGAUUUUGAUCACCUUGGCAACCAUCAUUACCCUUGUUUCCUGCUGCUUGGUGAGGUGCUGCUCUCCCCUCACCUCCCUGCAGCACUGCUACUGGACCAACCACCUCCGCAACGAGAAGGAGCUCUUUGAGCAAGCUGCAGAGCAGCACUCACGCCUCCUCAUCAUGCAGCGCAUAAGGAAACUAUUUGGCUUCGUUCCUGGAAAUGAAGAUGUCAAACACAUCCGCAUUCCUUCGUGUCAGGACUGGAAGGACAUUUCAGUACCCAGUCUUCUCUGUAUGGGUGAUGACUUGCAAGGUCACUAUAGCUUCCUUGGAGGCCAGGUGGAUGAGGCUGAGGAAAGCACACCAGGAGGCAUUGAAUUAAAACCUUGAUUAUAGCACCUCUCCCAAUUCAGGUUGCUUAACACAUACUUUAUUCUUAAGAUGAUGGAGUUUCAAUGAUGGUCUUAUGUGUUCAACUGGAGGGUGAACGACAUUAACACUUUAUUUUUUAC